UGGGAGAGGGAGAGAGAGGGAGGGAGAGAGAGGGAGGGAGAGAGAAGAAAAAGUUUCGCCGAGGGGAAGAAAGAGACUCGCGGUGCGUUACCGAGGCAACCGCUCAGGCCCCGCCCACCGCUUCACUCGGGCCUACCUGAGUCCCACUCACGUGACCGAUCCUCGUGCUGCUCGUCCAAUGGAAACACAGAGCAGGUGCGCUCGUGCCAGUUUCGGAGGUGGAAUCUGAAGACUGGAGUAAAACACGACGACGCUAUAAAGUCUCAAAACCGGAGAGGCGUAAAAAUCACUCCUGACUAUUUUUGGUGGAGAAAGUUCAGCUGAGACAGAGAACUCCUAAAAACGCUGUAACUCUACGUUUAUGAGGAGUGUGGACUCAGAGAAGACUAAAUAUGACGCGUGGUGGUUUCUCCAGUUUCUCCAGCAGCUGAGGGCUGAGCGAGCACCGGGGCAGCCUACCUGCCAUACCUGUCAGCCCGUUCGGACUUUCAUUUCUCUCUCGCUCCUCACACUCCACAGCUGGGGUGUUUUUUUAGCCCUUCUCGUGUUCUCCUACCACAUCCAGGGUGUGAAAAAAUGACAGAGAAAACUGCUCCUUGGUGGAGGUCGUUUGCGGGGAAGAGAAGGAAGGCGGCCAGAGAGUCAGCAGCCAUGUUGGAACAAGAACUGGUAGCCCAUGCUGCCUCGGCAACUGUCACUACCAACACGUCUACCACGAAGGAGAGCCCCACCAAGCCAGAGCAGCAGAAGGUUCCACAGCCUCAGCAGCAGGCGCCAGGGGGCACCACGCUGUCAAACGAAGACACAUAUGACGACUCAGCCGUACAGCCCACAUUCGGUGAGGGCACAAGCCGUCGAAAUCUGCGCGUGUCCCGCUCGGGCCGCUUCAAGGAGAAACGGCACAUGCGCGUUAGCCUGCCGCAAAACUACGAAGACUCACAAAAUCCUACAGGUAAAGGAGAGACACAGUCCCCACGCUGACUAGAAGACCAUGGUUCCCAAUCCUGGUCCUGGCGUACUCCCUGUCCUGCAUAUUCUAGUGUUUUCUUUGCUCUAAUACUCUGAUUCAGCAUUCAUGAGAUGCAGUGUACUCUUAAAACUAGAAGGAUAAUAGCUUUAACUGCCACAGAACCUUCUGAGGUUCUUCAGACUUCACAAUGCUUCUUCACACUUGCAUUUACAAAAUGGUUCUUUAAAGAACUAUCCUUUCAAAAUUCUUUAGUGACUCCUGUAGGAACUCUUUCAAAGAACCUUUUUUUAGCACCUUUAUUUUAACAAGUGUGGGGGUAUUAGAGCAGGUAAAACAUUUAAAAUGUGCAGGGGAGGAGUGCUACAAGACCAUACACUGCUACUAGGGGACCAUCACUAUGAAGAGAAUUGCAGGAACAGAUAACCUCAAGGAUUUACAGUGGACAAAGUCACUCUGUUAAACUGCUUUUUACCCCUGAGGAACUGAAGUGUUGCACUUAAGUUAUUGUAAUUUGUACUACAGACUUUUGGCCCAUAAGAAAUGAAGAUGCAAUAUAUUGAUAUCAAGUAAAAUAUUGAUAUGAAGUAAAAUAGUUGCCAUUUUGCUCUCUAGAUGCAGAGGGUGCUGACAUAAACAAAUGCGAGCAGAGAACCUUCUAAAAGAAAGUAACAUUUGUGAAAAUUGCACUUUCAAAAAAAAAGGUACAAAACUAUCACUGGGGCAGUACCCCUUUUGUCACUGGGGUGGUAUAUCUCAGUACCUUUGGUCAUGGAAUUAUAUUAUAUUUUUAUUUUAUUGUUGUGUUUUAAAACAUUAGGUUACGAAAAGGUACAGAUAUGUAUCUUUCCAUGGGGGGAAACGUAUUUAAAGUACACAAUUAGACCUUAAAACCACUGUUGUACCUUUGAGGGUACAUUUACAUUGUUUGUGCCUUGAUGAAUGAGAAAUGUGCCAGCACAGUGCCUUUAUUUCUAACAGUGUACACUUAAACUUAAAAAAGGUGCCACAAAAGGUUCUUUGAGUGAUGCCAUAGAAAAGCCCCUAAAGAACCAUGUUAGAAAAAGAUUUUUGAGUGUGAUACAUGGUUCAAAUGACCUUCACAUUGUGUUCUUUAUGUUAUGUGGAGGUUAUUUAAACUUUAAAAAGGUUCUUUGCACUCACACAUCUCAUUUACAACAAUGGUUCUCUAAUGCAUCAUCCAUUUGUAAAGCUCUUUAGAGAACCGAACAUAGUUCUUCUUUGGCAUUGUGCAAAGAACUCUUUUUUUUUUGACACCUUCAUUUUUAUGAGUGUAUUUUUUUAUGUUUUAGUUAAAAGUUCACUUGAUACAUUUUGGAUUUUUCUUUUUGCUUUAUGAAGGAUUUUAUAUAAUAUAUGCAUUAUAUUUGUAUGAAGGUGGAAUGACUGUUAUGAGAAAGACUGGAAAAAGUCUUUCUUAUAAGAAAAUGAAGAUUUUAUCAUGAAGUUUUAAUCAAUCUACAGAAGAACAAUGUAAGAAUAGUUGCUUGGUUCAUAUAAUGACAGUUACAGGUGAAUACUAAGUAGAUUUUAAUAAAUAUAAAUAUAUUUAUAUAAAUAUAAAUAAUAAAUGAUUGAAGAAUGAGUGAAAUUGGAUGCAUCUCUCAAUGCAUGUUAAGUAAAGAGAUUGCUCAAUAUUUCCACAAUGAACAUCUGCAGUGAGGCCAAGACUGAUAAAGUGCCAAUAAACUCAUAAGAGGA